ACAUCCUGUGCACAUCUGGGGAUCCUGCCAGAACGGCUCGGUCCGGCCCUGGACGAACCGGGGGGGAAGUGUCCCCCUCUCUCCGUCCUGCUGCUCCGUCAUUCCGUCGCGCCGGAAAAGGCAGAGCGGCGGAAAAAAGGAGGCGUUGCCCUCCAACAACACAUCAGCUGCUAAUUUAUGCAAAACACUAAAAGCACGGCUGCUGCUUCUGCGGCCGUCCUGCAAAGCAACCCACAAAGAGCAGCAGCAGCAGCAGCGGCGGCGCCGCAGGCCGUUCAGCCGCUGGGAGACGUUUUGCAGCGGGCAGCCGGUGCAGGAGGAGGCUGAGAAACCCGUACCGGUGACGCAGCCAUGGAGACGGAUGGAGAGCAGAACCAGCAGGGGGCCUCGGCCAACGGGAGCGCAGCAUCUGGGACGAGCUCCCGCCCCUCUCCAAUGAAUUCCAUGUCUCUGUAUGAAAGACAGGCCGUGCAGGCCCUGCAGGCGUUACAGAGGCAGCCUAAUGCAGCUCAGUACUUUCAGCAGCUGAUGCUGCAACAGCAGAUCAACAAUGCCCAGCUGCAGAACCUGGCCGCCGUGCAACAGGCUACUCUGGCUGCCAGUCGUCAGUCAAGUCCUUCCAGCAGCAGCUCUUCUCAGACCACCAGCACCACAGCUGCCAGUGUAACAUCUGGAUCAGGUUCUACAACCAGCAGCCGUCCUUUGGGCGCCUCAGCAACGUCCACGAUCAGCCAAUCAGUGCUGCUGAGUGGGACGGCCGGGGGGCAGGGACAAAUGUACCUGAGGGUCAACCGCUCCCUGAGGGCCCCCAUCUCCUCACAGCUCAUUUUUAUGCCCGGCAGCACAGCAACCGCUGCCGUGGCAACCGUAACCCAGCAGCCACAGGCUCAGCAACAACAACAGGAAGUGACACCAGCUUCCUCUUCCAGCAGCCAAUCAGAUAAUGACCAGGUGCAGAAUCUAGCCAUGCGAGGUGUGUCCAGUCCCAAAGGAGUUGGCGUAAAGACUGAAGCCUCAGAGAGGAAUGACUCAGCUGCCUACUCCCUGGUCCAGCCCUCCCACCAAUCUAACUCCCAGUCUCCCUCUAAACCAAGCCAGCCUCAGCCCCAGCCGCCCCACAUUAAAAUCCCCACGUAUCCUCAACCCACCAACCUCAAAGCCCACCCUUCCUCCUCUUCUGGUGCCUCCUCCUCGUCCUCCUCCAUCCCUCUCUCCCAGCUCCUGCUUCACGGAACCCGGACUCUCACCACAGGAACCACAGCUCCCACAGCAGCACACACCCUGGUCCUAACAUCCAGCGCAGCAUCCCAGCCCCACGGGUAUCCUGUUGGCACAGCGACCAUCAAACCAGCAGUCAACGCUCAGACCCUGGUGGUGCAGCCACUGCAGAAGACCUCUCUCAGCACUGAGAAAUCAGGCCAUGGCAAUGGCCCCAUCCCCAUCCAGCCCAAAACUCUGCAGGGGCUCCGCCUGCCCCUCCAGCUGCCUUCUAGGAACCCUCCUCCCAUCCUGCCUGCCCCGCCGCCCGCCAGCAGCUCCGCCCAGCCUCCCCAGCCGCCGCACAUCCCGGUCCAGAUCGUGGGGGCGAGGCAGAGCACGCUGGGAAACACCCAGGCUCUGGCUCUGGCCCGGGGCAGCUGCAGUCAGGACGGAGCCGCCGUCCUCAGCAGCUCGUCCAGCCUGCUCACCAUGGUGGCGUCCAUCGCUUCCAGGGAGGGCGGGGUCGUGGGCCGGGGGGUGGGGCUAAAGACGCUUCAGUCGCCUCAAGAGGCCCCAUUGGCUCAGGUCUCUCAGGUGCAUCCGCAGGCCAAUCAAAGCUCUGGACAAAGUCAGAAUGGACCCCUGGCUUCGAGCCCUGCCUCCUCCCAGUCCCCGACUGUUUCCUCUCCUCCCACCUCGAGGUCUCGCUCCUCCCUCUCCCUCCCUCUGGUGACGGAAGAGCAGAGAGGAGCAUCGGCUGGCGUGACCACCAAUGGAGACUCAUCGGGAAGUCAGACACCACAGGGAAAGCAGUUGACUGGCUCACUAAAAAGAAAAUCAGACUCCAAUUCAGCUAAUGACGAAGAUGGCCCCUCUCCUCCACGGCUCCAGCCAGUCAGAGAUCCCGCCUCAUCACUCCCGACCAAUCCCAUCGAAGCAGGCUCUGAUGCUCCUCCUCCAGCCUCCUCCUCUCCCUCCCCGGUGCUGUCAGUGUCCCGUGGGGUCUGCGGCCAGGGGGAGAGAGCUCCUCCCCCCCAAGCUGUGGUUAAACCGAACGUCCUUACGCACCUCAUAGAGGGCUUCGUUAUCCAGGAAGGGGCAGAGCCUUUCCCUGUAUGUGGUUCAGUAAAGGACUCGGCUGAGGAUUUAACUAAUGACAGUCCAGACACUAACCAAUCAGAGACUGUUACAACAGCAACAGUGCUGAAGUGCGAGUACUGUAAAAACUUUGCUCCUGCCAGCCAGUUCAGAGGCACCAAAAGGUUCUGCUCCAUGACUUGUGCCAAGAGGUACAACGUCAGCUUCAGGCAGCACUUCUGCAUGCGGCAGGGUCAAGGUCAAGGUCACGCGCCAGAUCAGGAUCAAAGCCAUGGUCACCUCUCCAACUCGGACGAGGAGGGAGGAAUUACCAGGCGGAGGGUUCCCCGGAGGACAAGCUCAGAAAUAGCCAGUGCCAAGAUAGCAGGGAGACCCAUACCUGUCAAGUGCCGUUCAGAGUCCAGCCAUUCAGAUGAGGAGUCCACUGGAGAGGAGGAUGAAGAUGACCCCAUGUCGCUCUCGCCCGCCUCCUCAGCCUCCUGCCACCAGCCGCCUCCUCUGCUCCCGACGGAGAGUUCAGCACCCAGCUGCCUGCCUGCUAGCCCCGCCCAGUGGAGCGUGGAGGACGUGUCGCAGUUUAUUUCCUCACUACAAGGCUGUGAGGAGCUCGCCUCCCAGUUCCUGUCGCAGGAGAUUGACGGACAGGCCCUGCUGCUGCUGAAGGAGGAGCAUCUCAUGUCCACCAUGAACAUCAAGCUAGGUCCUGCCCUCAAGAUCUGCGCCCACAUUAACAAUCUGAGAGACUGAUGUCAGUGUUUCCAUAAAUCCACCAUGUUCAAAGUCAAGCCCCGCGCAUUUACCCCAAACUCCUGGUUCCGCACCUAGUUCAGAUACGGAAGUGGUUCCAGAGCAGUCAGAGGCCUGCAGGUGAAUGUAUAAGGUACAGCUCAUUUGCAAAACAAAGCCAAGGCUCUUUAGCCCUAACUAGGGCUGCAGCACUUGAAUCUUUUGUUGAUUUGUCCACUCUCGACCACAUUUUCAAAUGUUGUACUCGCACAGGAGUAAUCUUACAGUUACUGUAUUGUUCCGUUCAAAUCUGUCUGUCUGUGAGUUGUAUUUUGGUGAAGGUACAUGUUCCCUGAAAUGCCAUUUCUGUGCAAAAUCUUGCAGUCAGAAAUAGGCUUUACCAAGUUAUUUCAUUUUGCUUUUUGAUGCACAAUUUCAGUCUUAUGCCUGUCUUGUAAAAUGCAGAAAUGAAGGUUUUGAAUGUAUUUUCAAUGCAGAAAUCACUUGUAUUGUGUGGUCAGGGUUAGGGUUGUUACUUGCACAGUAUUCCCACAUUUUAAAAGUUCUGUACAAACAGGGCUGCCCUUUUCACAGGCUUUGACCUAGGCUGUGCUAAUCUUGUUUAAUUUUUUUUGUUACAUCUCAUAUUUCUGCUGAAGUUCAACAAAACAUUCACAAGGGAAGAAAAUACUGAAGAAGCUUACAGAUGAACACACUACUAUUCAUUCAUUGUAUCAUAUUGUACAGGAAAAGUAUUUUGAAAGAUUUGCCCACUUCUUUGGCUCUGGGAUUUUUUUCUUGUCUUUGAGAACAAUGUUGGGUCGCAUCUAGUCGAACACUCAUGGAUUCUUCCUGAAACGUGUUUUUGAUUACAACUCUUAACCUGAUUUAAGCCACAAUCAGCGCAGAAUUAGGAAAGAAAUGCAGUAAAGAAUUCAAAUCUAUCCAAAACUUAUUUAAAGUAUUUUGUAAGGAAAGCGCUCAGAUGAUUUAUAACUUUAAUGUUAUGUCUGUAAAAAAAUUAUAAUCAUUUUGUAAGAAUAGGCAUCAUCAGUUUUAAAUGGUGGCACUUUUAUUUUGGAAGUGGCCUAUUCUAUUCAAUUUACAGGGUAUAGUUAGUUAAAAUACAGGGUACUGGCUGCAGAAAUGUCGGACCAGAGUCCAAAUGAAACCCAAAUCCCUCAAGGUUCAGAGAGCAUUUCAUAUCUCAAGUGAGGCAAAAAAUACUGCAAAAAUACUGAUAUUGCAUAUAGUUUUCUCACAUCUCCACUAUUUUUACAUACAGAGCACAUCGACAGUUGAGAAGACACUAGUGCAAAAUGCUUUUCCAAAACUGUUUUCACAUUAAGAAUUUUUCAAUCAGUAUCUCUAGGAGAUCCAACCUUUUUAAGUUUUUUAACAGAGGACUUUUUGUUGACUCUACUCUUAAAAAGGACUAUGAUCUGCUAAAUCUGUGACUAUUUUGUUCUGUCAGGCAAUUUCAAGAUUGUCACUUUUUUCAAAAGGUACAACCAGCUGCUCCUGAUCUAUACAAAAGUAUGUGUGUGAGUGAAGGGUAACGUCAUGGGCUUGAUUUUGUGAAGUGACAUAAAGCUGAAAAGAAAUGCUGAAGGAGAAGGAAAGGAAAUGGCAAAUGUGAAGAUAAGCUGUUAAUCUGAAGUACCACAUGUGGACCUACAUUUAGGAUGGAUGGAAAAACAAAAUCAUACCUGAAUGAAUGAUUGUGUGAAUGAGAAAACCUUAAACUAUACUGUAAUAAGUGUAAAAUUUGCCUUUAUAUUUAAAUGCACAUUUGUUUGCUGGACUGCCUUGUUUAAGCUUUUUACUGUAGAAGUUUUCUCAUGUUAUCUCUCUGUGAACCUUGUGGCCUUUCUCACUAGUCUCUACAAUAGGUUUAGAUGAGGAUUGUCUGUUUUUUAACUGCUUUUCAUAUCAUUCCUUGUUUUAUAUUAGUGCUUACUUUUUUACAAUUGUUAUUUCAAGCAAUGACAUCUGUUGCCUUUCCCAAAAAGCGUGACUGAAUAGUAGCUACCUUGAGCAAGGAAACUUGCUGUCUUCCUCAUAGCUUUGUCACAUAGUGUGUAACUACCACAAGUAUUUACCUUUUUCUAGCUAGCUAUGUUUGGCUUUAUUGUUAGUGAAUGUGGCUAUUACAGGAUUUUCUUUCAAAAAGGAUAAUAAUCUAUAAUAGCUGUGUGUUUAUGUCAUAGUCGCCCCAGGAUUUUGGAGUGUUUACGUCUGCAGGUCCCUCGGCAUAUUGUGAAGACCAAAAAAAAAAGCACUUGUACUGCAUUACAAGUGAUGUGAGCCACAAUUUCGUAGUCAAAUCAUUGCAGUUUGGUGGUGAGUACUGGUGUAACAUUUGUUAACAAGCAGACCAUUGCAACUUUGUUCAUUUAAUCAUUGUUCUCCCAAAAAGUAGCACUUUUCUCACAAAAUAACCGUGGAUUCUGCAAAAGGUUUUUUUUGUUUGUUUGUUUUUUUUACAAAGAAGCUACUUCAGAAUCAAAAUGUGUUUGCUUGCAAUAAUCAGAAAAACUGCAAAAUCUCAAAGGGACUGACUUUGAUGUGGAGAGGCUAACAAUACUAUCAUGCAAAUAAAUAAUCAAGGAACUGUUUUAAAA